AUGCCUUUGGAUGGAAUUCAUAAACGGUAUGAUGGAGACUUGACCUAUUUGGGACGUGUGGUUGCUGCUUUGCCUGUUGAUGUCAAAGUUGGAAAACUACUGGUCCUUGGUCAUGUCUUUGGAUUUCUCAAGGAAUGCUUAAUUCUUGGUGCUGCCCUCUCUCUCAGAAGUAUCAUCUCUCGACCUUACAAGAAAUAUUUGGAAUCUUAUCAACGAAAAUUUGGUUGGGCUGAUGGUUCUUUUAGUGACUGUAUUGCAAUUGUCAAUGUUUACAAGGCAUGGGAGAGUAACUGGUCUCGUGGGAUUUUCAAACGCAGGGGACAAUCUGAGGCUGAGUGGGGAAAGAGUAACUUCAUUCAAAUCAAGAGAAUUCGGGAGGUAGCUGAUUUAAUUCGAGAAUUGGAAUGUCGUCUGGCAAAAUUCAACAUCCGCAUACCAAAGGAAAGCCCAUCUUCUAAGAAGGAACUUAAUGAUCCAGAAGAAAAAUUAUUGUUUAAGCUCACGAUUUGUGGUGCAUUCUACCCAAAUUACUUUGUGAAGGAUUCUGUUGAUGAAAGUGAAGCAAUGAAGAUUCUGUCUGGUAAAGAUCCUUACAAUACAGUUAUGGUGAGUGGUAUCCCUGCUAACCAAGGCUCACUCUACAAACCUCAGAUUGAACAAAUGUUUAGUAUCUGUGGUAAUGUUCUUGCUUUACACAUGGAAGAAACCAAAAUUUUUAUUGAAUUUGCCCGUCAACACAACUUGAAUCGAGAUCACUAUGACCAACCUAUUGGGAUGGGUGAAACUGGGAAAGUGAACUCAGCUGUCUACCUGGCUCUAAAAAUGCGGCAAUCAUGUCGUCAACAACUGGAACUGCAUCAGUACACAAGGAAGGAGACAAACAGACUGAUGAAGAUGGUGCAGAAAGCGCAGAGUGAUAGCACAGAACAAUUGCAAAAACUGCGCACAAACAGAAUUACAGCAUCCACUUCCAAUUGUACUGGGCAGGUCAGAUUACCAGGUUUAAAUGAAUCUGUCAUUUUGAUUACAGUAUCAGAUGUGGUGGAAUGUGGCCAUUUUUGGGCACGAUAUGUUGAAAAUGAAGAUGAUCUUUAUUUUGUGCAAGUUACCCUUAAUCAUAAUGAACUGAUUAUGCUGAAAGAUCCUCAUAAAGGCAUGAUGUGUGCUGCUCCAUAUCAAUGUGGCGAGGUUGCUUAUUAUAGAGCUAAAAUAGAACAAAUUGUGGACAAGGUGGUUUAUGUGUUCUUUGUGGAUUUUGGCAAUGUGGAUAAAGUGAAUGUUCACAGUUUGAGACAAUUGCCAAGUUCUCUUAAAACCAUUCCUUACUUGGCAUUUGAAUGCUUCCUUAAGGGACUGAAGCCAUCCCCUAUAAAAUGUUCAGAUGGUUGUUGGUCAUCAGAAGCUAAUUCCCAAUUUAAGAAAAUGGUGUCAGAAAGGAACUUACAUGCUGAGGUCUAUUCUGUUGUGGGUAAUGUUCUGCAUGUCAAUUUGGUCAAACAGACAGACAGUGGUUCCCAGGUUAACUUCAAUCGAGUACUCUUGAACCUUGGAUUUGCUGACGUUGCUGAAGAAACUAUCUUAUCUAAAAAAAACCAUGAAGAACGUGAAAGAGCCAAGAUGGUGGCCCCGAACUUUGGCCCAGAAGAACUGUCAUCUUUGGACUGGAAAAAAUUGGGUUUUAUGCAAGAGUUGGAAAAUGCUCAGAAGUCUGGAAUGAUUAAAAUUCAUGGUCCAUCCAAUCCAUUAGAAAUGGCUUUCUCUGGAAUGACAAAUACUGGCAGAUUCAGGAGUGCUAAAAUUGAUCCUGACAGUGUGAAUUGUAUCAGCAUUGAUGAAAACCCUCAAGAUCCAAGUUCAAGAAUGAUGGUUGCAGCAUUUGUACACAUGAGCUCCAAUGGGCUCAACCUAGUGGCCAGGGACACUACUCUCCUGCCUCAUAUACCUGGGCUUCCUGCACUCAUUACUAUGCUUUUUACCCCUUACUGUGAAUUCCGAGUUAAUCUCAACAAAACCCGUUAUACUGGUAUGAUUUGUGGUUUGGGUCAUGACGAAGAUACUGGUUGUCCGAUUUAUCCUGAGCAUGACAUAGAGAUUGAAUUUGAUGCAAACAUUGGAUAUCAAGAUAUUAUGAAGGUCAAUGCUGUCAGAUUGGCUAUAAAUAUUGUGAUUGGGUCACAGACAUCAGCCAGUAGCUGGGGACCUAAUUCUAUUGUUAGUCUCCAGAACACAGCACGUCUGAAACUAUUAGACUUGAUGAAGACAAGGAGAGAAAGAGUUGAGCCUUAUCCUGCCUGGCAACCAUAUGAAUGGAAUUUGCUGUCUCCGUCAGACUACCUGAAACCUGACUAUGUUGACAAGACCUGGGAUUUGGUGCAUAACCUUCAUCAUUGUGUUGCCUUGGUGCCUGAAGAUGAAGACGAUGAUAGUUCUGUUGCUUCAGCAAGUAGCAGUCACAAUGAAAAUUUAAUAAAGCAUGCUGAAGAACUUCGCAGAAUCUCUCUCCUGUCCACCUAUGACAAAGAGAUCCACUGUCAAUUAUGUAAUGAGACGUUCCCCACACCACAGAUUCUUAAUGUUCAUGUCUUUACCAAUCGACACAUCAAAAAUGAAGAGAAACUUAUCAACAGACAUUAA